AUGCUUGGUUUACACAGUGUUCUGGAACAACUUCGUAAUUCGUCAUCGGCGGUACUCAAUGAUCAUUUGGACUUCUUUGAAAUGAGCCGCCAGGAGGACGAGCAGCACUUCGCUAGGAAUGGUGAUUCUGGAACUUCAACACCAGUCGAUGUGGAAAAUCCGUCAGAUAUUGUGGAAAUGCUAAUGCAGCGUUUGAGUAGUACCAUUGCAAUGCCGCAUUUCAUUUCCGUUUUACAACAUCUGAUGCUCGUUCCAUCUGACGAAAAGCAUGUGCAUCUGUGGAGAUUGCACACGCAACAAGAAUAUGACAAUCUGGAGAAAAUGUACAGUGAACUGGAAGAAGAAUUGCGCAAAGAGCGAAUGAAUGUUGUGGAAUUGCAGAAUCGUUUCAGUGAUUUCGAUGGACGAUCCAUCUAUUCUAGGUAA